UCUGAUUGCAGAGCUCCAUCAAAGUCUAACUUCUUCUGGAAGCAGCCAGAUGGCAAAAAAGAAUGGGUUUUCUGUGGAUCAGCUCUGUCGUCUAAGAAUUCCAGAACAGGAUAAUCUGAUAUUUACCUUGUCCUUGUAAGAAGUAGAUAUUUUUGUUGAUAGGUUGUGACCAUCACAAAGAGUUAUGCUUUGUGUAUAAGAUGGAUGAUGAUUUUGCCACUCAUAAAUUUGGUCCUUUUGACAAAAGCUCUUCCCUGAUAUUCAUUGUGCCACUAAUGUAGUUUCUUUUGGUUGAGUUUGCAAGCAUGAUUGGUGCAAGUGUGACAAAGUUUUGAAGUCCACACGUCAUUGCAGCUACAGAUGCGAAUGGUGCAGGCACUAGAACCCUUAAAGUUCUCAUGGCCGUUUCAAAUGGGAAGCGGGUUCUUAAACCGGGUUCUGGACUUGGCAGGGAUAAAAGCGUGCAAAGAAGCUAUGCAGCCUGUUGAUGAAGAAAGAUAUGAAAUUAGUCUUGAUAAUCAUGGUGAAAAACUUUAAUAAGGCUUAAAAGAAGAGAAACUGAGAUUGUAUAUUUCUCUUUAUCUGAUCCAUGUUCAACAUAGGAAUAUAUAUACAUAUACAGCCAACGUUCAACUCCUAAAUUAGUGCAGUUGGCCUUGAUUUACUAUAAUGGAAAAUCAUUCUAUUAAUUAUUUUGAUUUUGUUAUCUCUUGACCGUUGUUUGCUUUGAUAUUUGAUUUCUGCAUACUUUGCUCUUGAUUUGUGAUUUCUGCUUCCUUGUUCUUUCCUUGUUGGUCAUGUACUUGUCUCUUUCCUUUCUGAUUGUCUAACUUUCCUUUCUGUUCUCCAUGAUGUUCGUGAUUUGCUGUGAUAGUCUUCAUACGUGGAUGUCAUGAUGGCCCUAAAACUGGCAGACUUAGGGUAUUAAAUAACGAACCAAAGCUCUUUCAUGGCUUUAACUUUUAUUGUGGGUGACUUUGUAUCUGCUUACAAGCAAGAUCUUAUAAAUUUGGUAGUUGCAGCAGAAGGUAUAGUUUCGACUAUUAGUGAGGAACUACUAGGAUGGUAAUACUCAUGACCAGGCAGCAGCUCUAUCAAGUAGAGUUGUGGUGUAUAACCUUGAUCCCCCGGAGGGAUCUGAAUUAGAAGAAGAAGUUUCAAUUAUGUGGCAGAGAAUUAACGAAGCGCAAGAGUUGGCUACUAAAAUUGGAGGACAAGUCACUGGUCACACAUGGCUUUUGGAAUCAAUUGCAGCGUAUAAAUUGAAACUUUUAGG